AUGGCUACCGAAGCUCCUCGUCAAUAUGUGCCCUUGACCUGUCACGGUCAUUCGCGACCAGUUCCCCACAUCAACUUCUCUUCUACUUUCGAGAACGAGAACUACUUCAUGAUUUCGGCCUGCAAAGAUGGUAACCCCAUGCUGCGGCAAGGCCAGACAGGAGACUGGAUUGGAACUUUUAUCGGCCACAAGGGUGCUGUCUGGCAGGCAAAGUUGAGCCCUGACAUGAGCAAUGCCGCCACCGCCUCGGCCGAUUUCAGCUGCAAAAUCUGGAAUUCUCACACCGGCGAGGUUCUCUUCACUCUCAAACAUGAACACAUUGUUCGGGCCAUCGCAUACCCUCCGAACACCUCCGACAUGGUAGCCACAGGCGGCUUCGAGAAAAGGCUGCGUUUGUGGGAUCUCCAGGCGGCGUCCAAGAAACUCGCCGAGACUACGGAGGAGGUUGCGGUCGAGUCUUCGGAGGCUCACGAGAUUGGUGCGGGCACACACACUGACCCCAUCAAGGCCAUUGUCUGGGCUCCGGAUCCAACCAAGAUCAUUACAGCCUCGGGCAAGACUCUCCGCUGGUUUGACGUUCCAAGUAAGAGUCUGGUCAAGUCCCUCGUUCUUGAUGACGAGAUCAAGUCGUGCGAGUCCUCGCAGCUCGAUCCCCAAUUUGCCGACGCGAGUGACAUCAACGGCGGGUCUCCUGUGCUCGCUGUAGCGGCGGGGAAGACGGUCGUAUUCUUCGGCGGCCGUCAGAUGACUGAGGAGCUGAAGCGUAUCAAACUUAGCCACGGCAUUGCUAGUGUGGCGCUGGAUUUGAAGCAGAGGAAGUUUGCUGUGGGCGAAGAGCCCGGUACGUGGGUACGCGUCUACAGCUACGAAGAUGAAAAGGAGAUCGAUGUGCACAAGGGCCACCAUGGGCCGGUCUGGUCAAUUGCUUUCUCUCCUGACGGCAAGCUAUACGCUACAGCCUCCGAAGACGGCACAAUCAAGUUAUGGAAAAAUUGCGAGGGGUUCUACGGCCUUUGGCGUGGUGGUGCCAAUGGAGCCGAGAAAUCGUCAGACUAG